ACGGGGGGUUCGGCGAAAAUUCAAUCGCACUGCGAGCUGCUGCUAACGAGCGCGUCGCGUCGCGUCGCGUCGCGUCGCGUCGCCACGAGGUUUCCCGUCGCGCCGCGACGCACCGGCCACUCUCUUUCGCGGUAUCACGCGAAGAUGGCGAGCCGCGUGAUAAGAGAUUCGACGCGGUUCUUCGGCGUACGCGCUCGUCCGCGGAGCGCGACGUCGCGCGUUCGAACGUCGAUCGCGCGCGAACGAGAACGCGUUGUCGUUGUCGAUCCGGCGACGUGCGAUGGACCGGCGGUUAGCUAAGCGAAACCCGGGACGAUUCGCACGUAAACAAAGGUACCGGUUCGCGAAACAGAGCGAAAUGAGAUCCGCGAGCGGAAUAAGACAUGAUACGUCUCCUUGUCAACGUCAACGUCAACGUCUGUCAGAGAGAAACUGUUGUCUGUUCGCAGCUGCGGCACGAUCGUAGGGGAUUAUGUCGACGCAGAGUGCGGAUCCUCCGAAUUGCACCGCGAGUCAGGAGGAGGAGGAGGAGGAAGAGGAAAUGAUCUUGCACGAGCCUGAGAGUGAUCCUGUAGACAUUCUGGAGUGUCUGUCAGUUAUGAUCAAUGAGAGUGCUGAGAGCGAUACUGGCCAGGUACAAGAGCUUAUAUUGGACGACCAGUUGCUUGGCACAAUGGUGACUGCGAUUACGCUGCCUGAUGGAACUCAAGCGUUCGUUACAAACAAUCUCAGUGAUAUUGAUUCAGAUUUCAAGACGCAAACGUUACAAACAACUCUGGAAAACGGAGAUACCAUAUUACUGCAAGGCUUGUCGGAAUUUGGCGACGGCAAGUCUCUCCAAUUGGAAUUAGAUCCAGCUACAUUCGUGCAGGCGGAGGACUCGACAGCUGAGAACGUAGGGAACACAUAUUCGCAAGUGGAAUUCAUCAAUGGCACCGCGUACAUGGUGACCGGUCACGUGGACGUCGGUGAGAGCUUAUGGCAAAUCGAGGAUGGGAAGUUGAAGAAAAAAGACUCCAAGAUAUUGAUCAAUAAAUUGUCCGAUGCAAAAAUUAGAUAUCCUUGCCCUAGGGAGGGAUGUUCAAAGGUGUACAGCACGCCUCAUCACCUCAAGGUCCACGAGCGUUCGCACACCGGUCAAAGGCCGUACAGAUGUACGCACCCGAAGUGCAAGAAGAGCUUCUCGACGGGAUACAGCCUGAAGGCGCAUCUGCGCACGCACACAGGCGAGAAGCCGUACAAGUGCCCGAACGAGUCGUGCAAUAAGAGCUUCAAGACCUCAGGCGAUCUGUUGAAGCACGUGAGGACUCACACGGGGGAACGUCCCUUUCUAUGUCCGUUUGACGGCUGCGGCCGAUCGUUCACCACAAGCAAUAUCAGAAAGGUUCACGUGAGGACACACACCGGUGAACGGCCGUACAAGUGCACCCAGCCGAUGUGCGGCAAAGCGUUCGCCAGUGCGACCAACUACAAGAAUCACAUACGGAUACACUCGGGCGAGAAGCCGUACGUUUGCUCGAUAGAAAACUGCGGUAGAAGGUUCACCGAGUAUUCUAGUCUGUAUAAGCAUCACCUCGUACAUACACCGCAACGGCCAUUUGAAUGCACAUUGUGCUCGAGAAGGUAUCGGCAAAGCAGCACGCUGAUAAUGCACAAGAGAACGGCUCAUGCGUUGAUCGACAGCGACGAUGGUGCCGAUGUGCUUUCGCAGAACUCUCUUGAAUCCUCUAGUCAAAAUAAAACGAAAAGAGUCACUAAAGAGACUCACAAGUUGCUGGGAAAAGACGGACAGAUCCAGAUCUCUAAGGUGGUCGACGACGCAAACGACAAGGAGCCGCAGAUUUUGUUGGUAGGUGACGCUUCGCAACUCGCCGCAUUGCAGAAAAUUGAUCUGGACGAGAGUUUCGAUGAUCCCGGCAUCGACCCGACGUUCGAAGGAUUGAACAUAAAGAUCGAGGACAUAGAAUUCGGUUGGAAUUAGUGAUGAGAGAAAAGAAGAAAGCAAGACUAGAAGAAUAUGCGACGUCCUAUGGGUAAAAAUCUUAAUACAUUUCAAUGUUAACGAUGUGUCGUUAGCAUUUGUGGAUAUUAUUUAUUGUAAUACCGCAAUGAAAUCAAAUGAGCGAGUUACUUGCGUCAAAUUAGUGAAUAGUGUCAAAACCUACUUGACUAAUAUAAGCGAUACGACAGUAGCUGUCCAAACGCUGUCGUAUAAGUUUCGUGUCAGUUUUAUAAACCGAGUACGCAGUAGCGUCAAGAAUUUUGUAAAGUGAGUGAUAGUGUACCAUGGUAGAUUGUUUUGAUAGUCAUUGGCGCAAAUAGGGAUCGACGUAAUGUCGGUGCGUUUAGUUUUCGACACGUGCAACCACCGAUACACCGAGGAAGAUAUUGGAAGACAAGGUACGAUUUCUCCUUUUCGUGUGCCUAAGGUAUUCCAAACCUGAUCUCGAAAUUAUAUCGUUCUCGCAUUCUGAAUACAAAAAACAAGAUCAGAUUUCCUGAAAAAAGUGUAUCGAGAAGCUCAAUAUUCAUACUGUCGUUUACGUUCUUGAAUUGAAGGCAGUGCCUUACCUGAAAGCGCGUAAGCUCGUGCGAAGGAAAAAAUAUAUUACUAUAUAUAUAUAUAUAUUACUAUGUACAUUAUAGUUUACCCAUCCACAAUUAUCGAGCGUGUGUACGCGAUAUUUUUCUGUGUCGUCUUGAAGAAACUCUUUCAUAACUAAAAUUAUAUACAAGUCCAGCUGAGUUAGAUAUUUCGUGCAGAUAUUUCGCACGAAGAAACAAAUAUAUAUUAUAUAGACUCGGCAUUAUUACGUAGAUUAUUAUUUUGUAGUCACGUAAAAUAGUUUUGUCACAUAGAUGAGCAGCUAUUCAAAAGGUACUAGGUACACUGUGCGCAGCUUGUGUCAUAUCACAUAAUAUUAUUUUAUUUUUACGUUAUCAAAAUUCACUUUUUUAACUUAUAAAUCGUUUUUAGCAUUUUAGUUCUUCUUUCAUGAUACAUCUACGCAAAUCAAUUAAAAUGCGUAGCACUUGUAUGAUGCACAAAUAUUUUAAGAACGUUAAGAAAAAACUGUAUCAUAUUUUAUAUAAAACUUUUUUUUAUUAUUAUUAGACCGCUUUUUCUUAAAUACUGUCGCAAGAUGUAAUUUGUAACACUUGUACAUAGUUGUAGCCGGGUUUAGUGAAACUAUGCUCUAGGUCUCGACAAAAGUAAGAUUUGGUAAAAUAUUAUUACAAUAAAUAGGAUUUUCUAAAAUUA